ACCUUGAUUACAACUUGCUGGCAACGUCAGACGCAGACUCGCCAGCUGAUGAGUGUCAGAAGUCAAGUGCUGAAAGUAUUCUGUUUAUUUUCCGAACAUUUCAAGAUACCAGCCAAUGUUUUAUUGAAAACAUUACUUUCUGCGCAUUCGGUCGCUUUCAUGAUUUAUUUGCGUUAAAAUGAGUGACGCUUCCACAUUGAAGUUCUCACCUUUUGCAUCUCAUGUUGAUCCCAGUUUUUGGCAUAAACUAUCCCAAAUCAAACUUGACAUCGAUAAAUUGAAUGAAAGCUUUCGUCCUGUAUGGGGUUCAUACACCAAUGUGAACUCUCUAGGUGUACCUGCUCUAAAUGUAGACUGCACUUCAUAUAAUAGUGCAUUUGAAGAACUACGGCAUCAGCUUCCUGCUUGUGGACAUCAGUUAAACCUGAACACCCUCGAGUCCUAUAAAAGCUGUGAUAAGAGUAAUCUCUUGGAGAAACAGGGCUCCUUGUUAUGGGAAGACAUCACCAGUGGUGCAGUACUAAAAAAUCCUUCACUACUGUCACGAUUUUUCCUUUUGACGUUUGGUGAUCUUAAAAAGUACAAUUUCUAUUACUGGUUUGCAUUUUUGGCACCAAGCAAUCCUAGUUUGCAAGUUGUGAAGGCCCCUGCAGCAAUCCAUGACGAGCUCACUUCCACUCAGGUGGAGUGUUUACAGAAGGAAUGGUAUAAUAUUAGUGAUGUCAGACAUCGUGGGUAUUUUAUUGUCAAAAUUGAAAGGGAAAGAGCUUCAAUUCACCCUUUAUCAGAAAUUACAUCUCUUUACAGUCAAUCUUCUUUGGAAGAUUGGUCAAAAUUAUACCUAGCAUUUUCUGAUCCUUGUGGCUCUGGAGAACAUCCAGGAUGGCCACUGCGGAAUUUGUUAUCAGUUCUUGUUUACCAUUGCCCGCAUGUGGUGGGGAAAGAUAUCAAAGUUCUAAGUUUAAGAAUUGUUUUAAAGUCUCAUGCCCAACUAAAUAUCGCAGAAAAAAGUUUAGUGUUGACUGUACAGCCUCUACCACUCUCAGAAAAAGAUAUAAAGUGGAUUGGCUGGGAACGCAAUAACCGUGGAAAUUUUGGCCCACGUUUUGUUGAUGUUAGUAAUGAUAUGGACCCAAAAAAGCGUGCAGAGAGUGCUGUACAUCUUAACUUGAAACUAAUGAAAUGGAGAUUGCUUCCUGAUUUGGACUUGGAUGUGGUGCAACAGACUCGUUGCCUUCUAAUGGGAGCAGGAACACUGGGAUGUACUGUUGGGCGUUUACUUCUGGGCUGGGGAGUACAGCACAUCACAUUUGUAGACAAUGGAAUUGUAUCCUACUCUAACCCAGUACGUCAGUCUCUGUUCACAUUUGAAGAUUGUUUAAAGGGGGGUCAACCGAAGGCUGAGGCCGCUGCCAAAGCAUUAAAGCUGAUUUACCCAGGUGUGAAUGCAACUGGUGUACAGCUCAACAUUCCAAUGCCAGGGCAUCCUGUUGGUGAAGCCCUUUUAAAAGAAACACGUAGUGCUGUGGAUUCAUUGGAGACACUAGUUGAUAACCAUGAUGUAAUAUUUAUGCUGACUGACUCCAGAGAAAGUCGUUGGCUCCCCACACUAUUUGCUGGUGCUAAAAAGAAGCUUGCCAUGAAUGCAGCCCUUGGCUUUGAUACAUACCUUGUCAUGAGGCAUGGAAUAUUUUGUAAUGAUGGCUCCACUCCAGAUUUCAGUGCAGAAAGCAUUCCAGGACGACAUCUAGGUUGCUAUUUCUGUAAUGAUGUCACUGCUCCUGGUAAUUCCAUGGCUGAUCGCACAUUAGACCAACAAUGCACAGUUACAAGACCUGGAGUAUCAGCCGUAGCUGGGGCUCUUGUUGUAGAACUCAUGGUGUCUAUUUUACAACACCCCCUGAGGGGUGAUGCACCUGCAAUAUUACACACUAAAAAGGGGGAAGAGCAUAAGGAAAGUGAAGGAAGUUUGUUAGGAAGUGUGCCUCACUCUAUUAGAGGUUUUCUUGCAUCAUGGGAACAACUAACACCUGCAACUCACAGAUUUUCUAACUGUAUUGCAUGCUCUCAGAAGGUCCUAAAUGAAUAUUCAGCCCGAGGAUUUGACUUUAUCCAUGAUGUAUUAAACUCAGCUGUUUACCUUGAGGACCUAACAGGACUCACUUCUUUACACAAAGAUACCGAAAGUGCUGAUGUAUGGGAGUUCAGCGAUUCAGAAGAAGAGAGUGGAAACGAUUCAGAAUGAAAAUAUUUUAUAAAUCUAUAUCAAUGCUAUGACCGCUUAUUUUAUUAUUUUAUUUCUGUUUAUCGCUUUUAUUAUUUACAUUUUAUAUAAUGAAGAUCACCUUGUUGAACUGUUCCACAUCAAAUAAAAUGUGGGUGCUUACUUACUUAAUCACUCCACAAGUUACCACUC